AUGCCUCGCCCGCGGGUGCUCUCCUUCAUGUCGCAAUGGGGCAGCGGCAGCCCCAAGGCCGCGACUCCCUCUAAUACCACGCCCGCGCUCCCGCCGCCGCCGCCGCCGCAACAAGCCCCCCUCGCCCAGCCGCCCAAGUCGUCUCCAACCUCCAAGCAGCGCUCCAGGGCCGAUUCACGGCCCUCGUCGCGCCCCAUUUCCAUGGUGCAGACCUACCAUCCUCCCGUCAUGGAGGUCGCUUCCGACACGCCGCCCGAGCUGCAGCCCAUCUUCAUCUUCCUCAACAGCCACUCCAACAAGCUCUACCAGGAAGGCUAUUUCCUCAAGCUCCAUGACUUGGACGUCCGUGGUCGUCCAAGCGUUGAUCGGACAUGGACCGAGUGCUUCGCGCAGCUCGUGGGAACCGUCCUUUCGCUGUGGGACGCCCACAAGCUGGACGAGGCUGGCCAGGACGGCGAGGUCAUUCCCACCUUUAUUAAUCUGGCAGAUGCCUCGAUCAAGAUGAUCGAGUCUCUGCCCAUGAACGGCAACGAAGGUCAAACGCUGAACAACGUCCUGAGUGUUUCCACAGCCGCGAGCAACCGCUACCUCCUCCACUUCAACUCGCUAAACUCGCUGACGCAAUGGACCGCUGGCAUCCGCCUUGCCAUGUUCGAGCACGCCACGCUCCAGGAAGCCUACACAGGUUCGCUUAUUGCCGGAAAGGGCAAGACUUUGAACAACAUCCGCCCCAUCAUGGAGAAGAUGAAGUGGAAGUGGGAGGACUGGGCGAGAGUGCGCUUCGGCGCCGGCACGCCUUGGAGACGUUGCUGGUGCGUCAUCACGCCACCUGAUGAGAAGGAAGUCAAGCAGGUCCAGAAGGCCAUGAAGAAGCAGAGCGCAUAUGACCGCUCGACUCCGAUUGUCAAGGGCGUUAUCAGGUUCUACGAGACCAGGAAGGUCAACAAGAAGACCCGCCCGAUCGCAACCAUCACAGACGCCUACUCGGCUUAUGCCGUCUACCCUCACUCCAAGCCGCUCAUCGACGCUUCAACUCUGGUCAAGGUGGAAGGCCGCAUCACCAUUCACUCAAGCCCCGAGUCCACGACCGAAGGUUUUGUCUUCGUAAUGCCGGAGGUGCACCCAGCCGUUUCUGGCUUCGAGAUGAUGCUUCGCUUCUUGUUCCCCGUGUUCGAUGUUUUUGCGCUCUACGGCAGACCGCAGCGCCUGGUGGCUGAUCCUAUGGAUUCCCGCAGUCUGAUGUUCGCCAUGCCGAGAGACAGGCGGUACGGUUACCUCGAUAUUCUGGACGUUGCCAGUCUCAUCCACACGGACGGCAGUCAGGGCUGGAGCGAGAGGCAGUGGAGGAAGCAGAUGAAGGACCUCACUUCUAAGCGCAUCGCCACUGUACGCGAAGAUGGAGGUCAAAAAACCCGCCGCAACACUUUCAGCCGGACGAGCCUGCCUCCUUCGCGGACGACAUCGAUUAGGUUCAACGACGGGGACUCCACUCACUCGCAGCCAACCACGCGUCAUGGCUCGCCCGCUCAACUAGAUUUCAACUCGCCCCGUCGUAUGGCUACGAUGCCGAACGGAGGUAUCAUGAAGCACCAACGCUCGGUGUCGGAAGCAAACAUGCCAGCGCGACUAGGUCGUAACAGAAUUGACGAAAACUAUGACGACGAGAACCCUCCACCGCUACCUGUUCAUCGCUUUGCGUUGAACGGCAUGAACUACGACACUGCGGGUAGUGAUGGCUAUUCCACGCCCGACGAGGGAGACUACCGCAACGAGUUGCCUGAGGUUGGUGGUGUUGCUGCCGCAAAACCAUUGCCGAGCGCUGUGCUUAGCCCUCCAGCAUUUUCGCAUGCCCCCGGCGAAAGGCCCCGCACGCAACCCGGCGAGUUCCCGGAUUUGCGACGUGCCCAAUCGGAGAUCGAUCAAGCCACCCUGCAGGAAAUGAACGAGGCGAACAGCCAGGGUCUGUCACCCAACGCUGCCGCAGCUGGAGGCGCGGCCGCGUGGGCUGGCAACAAGCGGGGCAACGACAGAGGACACCAGAUGCACUCCAGCCGUCGAUCCAUCGAUGAAAGCCACAACCAAUGGGCUCAGCACAACGAGCGUCUGCCCACGAUUCCGGCGUCGCCCUUCAUUGCGCAGGGCGAGCCCCUCUCAGCCACCAGCGGCACGUUUGCGCCGACCGGGCCGCCUGUGCCGGAGCACCGAGAGCCUGGCUACUUUCCGCACCACGACGUGCUAGCUGAGUCUGCGGCCGAUCGGCGGUCUCUUGAGGCUGGGGAGCACACCCAGUUGUCCGCCGGACUGUCGCCAGGCCAUGCCAUUCAGCGUAAACCAGUUCCAGGUCGGUUGAAUACCCCUCCUCCGGCGGACAACGCCGCCUCCCCUGCAUCCCCAUCUGGUUCAAGUCUUGGCAGUUUGCGAAAUGAAGUAAUCGAUCCUGACAUGAUUUUGAGCCAGCUGGCCGCUCGGGAUGAGUAUGAGCGAGCACAAACCAUGGCGAGCAGCAUCUACGACGACGAGUCGUCGGGGAGCCGCACGCCCGACUACGCGAGCACCAAGAGCCCUAGCGUGAAAAGUGAGAGGAUAUCGGUGGACAAGCCUCGAACUGGCCGGCUGAAGACAGUGGGAGACAUUCCGCCGGCCAAGGAAGUAGUUGUCGGGGAUGCCAAUUACAAGGAGGAUAAGCCAGCGCAAUCAAUUGAUUUGCCAGUCAUCGAUUUUGGGCCGACGUAUGACUUGACCAAGUCGAGUGGCCGCCCUGGGACCAGUGGCUCCAUGACGGGUUCGCACGAGCGAUCCAAGUCCAAGGGGAGUGACGAUGCCCGCCGCACCAGUCCCAGCCCGGUGGACCACGGUCGUGCGCACUCACGCUCACCCAACAGUAGCGACAACCGGCGUAGCGUUGCUUGGCAGCCCGCGAGCGGACGGCGAAGCGCCAGUCCUGGUGCGGCCAUGGCCCUGAACCCGGAGGACUGGGUCCAGCAGCGGGCCGCCCAGGCCGCCACGCCCGUUUUCGGCCACGGCCAGCACCUUCGCGGAAAGUCCGACACGCCGCCCAUCUCGCGCACCACUUCGGGCGACUGGUCCGGUGCUGCUGCGGCUGCUGCCCAUCACCAGCGUGAUGCCUCGACCCCGCUGCCAAUUCGUUCCCACUCGCGUACCCCGAGCGCCAUGCUACCUGUAGAUCGAUCCCACUCGCGCACCCCCAGCGCCAUGAUGCUCGACCCCGCCGCCGGAGCCACGCCCCCGCUCCGCCCGCACUCCCGCACCCACUCCCGCAGCCCCUCGGCCCUGCUGCUCACUCAGCCCCAGGGCGGCCUGCUUAUCAAUGCUGAAUCAGCCACCCUCUCCGCCCGCGAGCAGCAGGAAAUCGCCCGCGCUACCGGCACACCCUUGCUCAACAUGACCGACAACCACGCCAACCACCACGCCAAAGACCCCAAGUCCGAACCACGCGACAAGACGGGCCUGGUGGGCGCCAUUGCCGCACGUGAGAAGGAGAAGGCUGAUCUCAAGUCGGGCUCGCGCUCAGCCCUGCUGCAGCAAGCUAUUGCCGCUCGCCAGCAUCAGGCGGCCCAGGAGCAGGCCCGCGCCCACGCAGCGGCCCAACAGCGCGCAGCGCAGAUGCAAAUCCAGCAGGCGCAACAGCAGCAGAUCUGGCAGCAGCAACAGUUGUUGGUGGCCCAGCAGCAAGCACAGCAGAACCAGCUACAGCUGCAGUACGCCAUGAUGGGCGCAACGACGCCCACGCCGACUGCUACCACGCCGAUGGGCUUUGGCCAGCAGGGCGGAUACUUCCCGCAGAUGCAGCCCCAGCAGCAGAUGCAGAUGCCUCAACAGCAGCAGAUGGGCAUGGGUCAGAUGCAGCAGUCGCCUCAGAUGCAGCAGCAGGCGUAUGGCGCGAGUUGGGAUCGGAGCGGACGCGGACAGAAGGGCCACAGGAAGUCGGGCGCGUACUAA